CUUCCCUCCCCUCACACACCACAACCCCUAAAAAAGACAGAUAGGGAGGGAUAGGCAGACAGAGUUAGUGAGUGCGUGUGUGUGUCAGACUGUGAAAGAUAACCAGAGUUGAUCUCAGGAUGCCUGCCUACUCCACCAACAUGAGGUUUAAGUUCCCCAUCUUGGCCUUGGUUUUGGAGAUUAUCACCAUCAUCCUUUUUGGCGUGUUUGCGGACUAUGAUGACGGGAAAGGUCACGGGCACGACACACACUCGAAUGAGACUCACCAUGAAAAAUCACCCACGGAACUUUACCCCAUGUUUCAGGAUGUCCACGUCAUGAUCUUCAUCGGCUUCGGGUUCCUGAUGACCUUCCUGAAGAGAUACGGGUUCAGCAGCGUGGGCGUCAACUUACUCCUGGCUGCCUUCGGCCUGCAGUGGGGCCUCCUCAUGCAGGGCUUCUGGCACAUGGACCAUGGCAAGAUCAAAAUCGACAUCUUCAAAAUGAUUAAUGCAGACUUCAGCACAGCCACAGUGCUGAUCUCUUUCGGGGCUGUUCUGGGUAAAACCAGCCCAGUGCAGCUCCUCAUCAUGACCAUACUGGAGAUCACCAUCUUCUCCAUCAAUGAACAUUUGGUGGCCAAUGUCCUCAAAGCUAAUGAUGUUGGAGCAUCCAUGAUCAUCCACGCCUACGGAGCCUACUUUGGCCUGGCAGUGGCUCGAGUACUUUACCGACCAAGUUUAAGAAACGGACAUGAGAACGACGGAUCUGUUUAUCACUCCGAUCUGUUUGCUAUGAUUGGAACCGUCUUCUUGUGGAUGUUCUGGCCCAGUUUUAACUCGGCCAUCGCUGAACCGGGUGUCACUCAACUCACAGCUGUGAUCAACACCUACCUCUCCCUGGCUGCCUGCGUGCUCUCUGCCUAUGCCAUCUCAAGCCUCGUGGAGCACAAAGGAAAACUGGACAUGGUGCACAUCCAGAACGCCACCUUGGCUGGUGGCGUUGCUGUGGGAACAUGUGCCGACAUGAACAUUGGGCCAUUUGGGGCAAUGUUGAUUGGAUUUGUGGCUGGUAUCAUCUCUACUCUGGGCUUCAAGUUCCUGAGUCCCAUCCUGGCAGCCAACCUGGGAAUCCAGGAUACCUGCGGAGUCCACAAUCUGCACGGCAUGCCAGGCAUCCUGGGCGGGUUGGCUGGUAUUGUGGCUGUGGCUUUGGGGAAAAAAGAGGGAGGUAAUGCUGCCAUGCAAGCUGCUGCCUUGGCUUCAUCCCUCGGGUUCGCUCUGGUUGGAGGUGCUGUUACAGGUUUAAUAAUGAAGUUGCCGUUCUGGGGACAGCCUCCAGACAAGAACUGCUUCGAUGACUCUAUUUACUGGGAGGUUCCUGAAGAGGAGGACGAGCAUGAGGAGAGCUUGGCUCACGCUGAUCACUCAAAGAACAAAGCAGAGGCUUAAAUAUCUGCCCACCGUCCACUGAGCUAGUAAUGAAGACGUAAAGGAUCAUUAAUCAGCUACACCAUAUCAAUUUGUAAGUUGUACUGAUGUGAUUAAAUAUAGACGAUGAACUCUGCUCAUCAACACAAAAAAAGUGAUUAGUUAAUUAUGAAACAUGAGCAAAGAUAUCUACACGCUGUGUAAUUUUCAGUAAAGUAGACUUUAAAUGUGUAAUUAGGAAGCAUUAUACAAUACAUGUUCUAGCAAUUAGUAACAUAAAGAUUGGGUUAAUCCCAUUUACACUAAGAAAAACAAAAAACUUUUUAAGAAUUUAAAAGGACAACAGCAACCUUCAGGGAUUUUUUUUUACACUGAAAAUUGUGAUCAAUCAUUUCCAACAAUCGUGAUCCGCUGUAGAAAAACAGAGUGGGUCACACACACCAUAGCUUCACUGCUGAUACACAACCACUUCUAUAAGCUUUUUUUUUCUUUAUCUCAUUUUUAUAUUAUAAAAAGCAUUAAAAAAGCAUGUUUUAAGACAUUAGUAUAGCGUGUAUUUUUUCUCCAUACAUUCUUUUUAUAUUUCCACAUGUGUUUCUGUUGAGGCUUGAGUCAAAGAGAGGAGUUAAACCUGCUUUGACCUGCUGCUUCACGUCACCUCACUGGAGCCCAGUCCUUCUGCGAGGAGUCAGAGUCUGACUGUGUGAAACCGGCAGUGAGGCUCUGACAUGGGCAGGGAUAGUCGCAUGAUGUGUUGUAACUAAUGAACCUUCACGUUGAGCUUUAUCUUCCACUGCUUGCAAUCAUUUUCUAUCUAUGUGAGGGCAGCUGUACAAUGACUUUAAUGCAAUGAGGAUUGCGUUCGAUUGGCAGUCACUGGGCAAGCUGAAGUUCAAUUUUAUUUUAUUUUUUGUAUUUUACAUUCAUUGUAUUCUUACAUGUACAUACAGUUUUGUAGUUUUUAGAUGGUUUGACAUGGUCAGUUUUAUCAAGGACCUGAAAGGUUUUUUUAAAAAAGAGCAACUGGUAUCUUUAAAAGAAUUCAACAGGAACUUACACACAGAUAAAUAAAAAAGGUCUGACAUUUAUAUGAGGUGUAAAUGUGACGAUAAACUAACUUUUUUCUUACCAUUUUAACUGUGCCAUUAUACCUAUUAGCAGGCCUUUGUUACACCUGUUUUUUCUACAGUUGAGUUACUGUUGGAUUCUUUUUCAUUCUGAGUUUUGAACCGUCUCACCUGCAAUGAACCUCCUGUUGUAUAUCGUAGGAUUGGAGAGCAGCAUUCAACAAUAAAACAUAAGACCGCAGGGCUACAUUCAACUGACUACACACACAGUAGAGUUAAUCAAUGAUAGUUUGGUUUGUCAGAUGAUUUUUUAUGCCCGAAACACAUCAAGAUUUUGUAUUUUUAUACAGUGGGCAGUCGUAUUUGUAUAAUAUACUAAUACUGUCAUAAUAAAUAUGUUUUUGUA